AUGGCUGUCACUCCCGCAUUGCUCGCCGUGCUGGCAGCUCUUGCGCCAACGGCGUUGGCGCAAAACAACCAAAGCUAUGUGGACUACAACACUCAGGGCAACCCUGAUCUCUACCCCGACACUAUGGCCAAAAUUGAUUACGCCUUCCCCGACUGCGCCACUGGUCCGCUCAGCGAAACCAUCGUCUGUGACACCACUGCGAGACCCCACGACAGAGCCGCCGCUCUGAUCUCCAUGUUCACCUUCGAAGAGCUAGUGAACAGCACCGGCAACCAAAUGCCCGCCAUCCCUCGACUUGGCCUUCCUCCCUACCAGGUUUGGAGUGAAUCUCUCCAUGGAGUGGCACGAGCCAAUCUUACCGAGGAGGGAGACUACAGCUGGACAACCUCCUUCCCGUCUCCCAUCCUGACCAUGGCUGCUCUGAACCGCACCCUGGUCAACCAAAUCGCUGGCAUCAUUUCGACUCAGGCCAGAGCACUCAACAACGGUGGUCGUUUCGGCCUCGAUGUCUACUCUCCCAACAUCAAUGCCUUCCGCCACCCCGUCUGGGGCCGUGGACAGGAAACUCCGGGCGAGGAUCCUUACCUUUGCUCAAUCUACGGAUACGAGUACAUCACCGGCAUUCAGGGUGGCGUCGACCCCGAGCACCUGAAGAUCGCUGCGACGGCAAAGCACUACGCUGGCUAUGACAUCGAGAACUGGCGCAACCACUCAAGACUGGGCAACGAUCUGACCAUCAGUUCCUACGAUCUCGCCAGCUACUUCACCCCCAUGUUUGUGACUGCUGUGAGAGAUGCCAGAGUUCACAGUGUGAUGUCCUCGUACAACGCCGUCAACGGCGUUCCCUCAUCGGCAAACACUUUCCUGCUCCAGACUUUGCUCCGCGACACCUGGGACUUUGUCCAGGAUGGCUAUGUUUCUUCUGAUUGCGACGCUGCGUACAAUGUUUUCAACCCCCAUGAGUAUGCCUCCACUCCCUCCCUCGCAGCUGCCAAGAGCAUCCGGGCUGGAACCGACAUCGAUUGUGGUGCAACCUACCAGCUCUACCUGAACCAGUCAAUUACCCAGAACGAAAUUUCCCGCGGUGAAAUUGAGCGUGCAGUCACUCGUUUCUACUCCAACCUUGUCAGCUUGGGAUACUUCGAUGGCAACAGCAGCGUCUACCGUGACAUUGAUUGGUCCGACGUUGUUGAGACUGAUGCUUGGAACAUCGCGCACGAAGCUGCCGUGGAAGGCAUUGUUCUCCUCAAGAACGACGGCACCCUGCCCCUGUCAAAGAAGACCAAGAGUGUUGCAUUGAUCGGACCCUGGGCAAACGCCACCACUGCCAUGCAGGGCAACUACUUCAGCACCGCCCCCUACCUCAUCAGCCCGCUUGCUGCCUUCCAGGAUUCGGAUCUUGAUGUCAACUACGCUUUCGGCACCAACAUCUCCUCGGACUCUACCGCUGGUUUCGAAGCUGCCAUCAAGGCUGCCAAGAAAUCCGAUGUCAUCGUCUUUGCCGGUGGUAUUGACAACACCAUCGAGGAAGAAGGCAUGGACCGCGAAGAGAUCAACUGGCCCGGCAACCAGCUUCAGCUGAUCGAGGAACUGAGCAAGCUCGGCAAGCCCUUGGUCGUUCUGCAGAUGGGUGGUGGCCAAGUCGACUCCUCGUCGCUCAAGCACAGCAAGAAGGUCAACUCCAUCGUCUGGGGUGGUUACCCUGGACAGUCCGGCGGUCUUGCCAUUCUGGAUAUCCUCACCGGAAAGCGUGCCCCUGCUGGCCGUCUGACUACCACCCAAUACCCUGCCGAGUAUGCUCAGCAAUUCCCUGUGACUGACAUGAGCCUGCGUCCCAAUGGCAGCAACCCUGGCCAGACCUACAUGUGGUACACCGGCAAGCCAGUGUACGAGUUCGGCCACGGUCUGUUCUACACUACCUUCAAGGCAUCUCUCGCUGCCUCUCACGGCCACAAGAAGGCAUCCUACGACAUUGGAGAGCUUCUCUCCCGCUCGCACACUGGAUACAACGCCGGUGAGCUGAUGCCUUUCAUGAACUACACCGUUGAUGUCAAGAACACCGGCAAGGUCACAUCUGACUACACUGCCAUGGCCUUUGUCAACACCAAGGCCGGACCCAGCCCUCACCCCAACAAGUGGCUGGUCAACUUCGAUCGCCUCGGUGCUGUUGAGCCCCACUCCACCCGGACCAUGACCAUGCCCAUCUCCUUGGACAACCUGGCUCGCACUGAUGAGGAUGGCAACCGCGUUGUCUACCCUGGCAAGUACGAGCUUGCCCUGAACAAUGAGCGGGAUGCUGUUCUGUCGUUCACUUUGACCGGCGACGCUACCACUAUUGCCCUCUGGCCCAAGGAGGAGCAGCUUAUCCUUCCUUCUUAA